GACCCAGUGCGCAUGCUUGGGACUCCCUCCGCUUGUAACCGUGGCCGAGUUGGCUUCGUCUCGUCCUCCCUCGGCGCUCCUGCAGCUCCUCUCGCUCCGCCGCCAAAGCCGUGCUCCCGACUGUCGCGUGUGGCGGGCAAGCCGUCGCCGCGAACCCGCGGAGGGCAAAGAGAAGAUGGCCACCUCUGGCGUGGAAAAGAGUAGCAAGAAGAAAACCGAGAAGAAACUUGCGGCUCGCGAAGAAGCCAAGCUGCUGGCGGGGUUCAUGGGCGUCAUGAACAACAUGAGGAAACAGAGAACAUUAUGUGAUGUGAUCCUCAUGGUCCAGGAAAGAAAGAUACCUGCUCACCGUGUUGUUCUGGCUGCAGCCAGUCACUUUUUUAACUUAAUGUUCACAACUAACAUGCUUGAAUCUAAGUCCUUCGAAGUAGAACUCAAGGAUGCAGAACCUGAUAUUAUUGAACAGCUGGUGGAAUUUGCUUAUACUGCUAGAAUUUCUGUGAAUAGCAACAAUGUUCAGUCUUUGUUAGAUGCAGCAAAUCAGUACCAGAUUGAACCUGUGAAGAAAAUGUGUGUGGAUUUUUUGAAAGAGCAAGUUGAUGCUUCAAACUGUCUUGGUAUAAGUGUGCUUGCAGAGUGUCUGGACUGUCCUGAACUAAAAGCAACAGCCGACGACUUUAUUCAUCAGCAUUUCACUGAAGUUUACAAAACGGAUGAAUUUCUACAACUUGAUGUCAAGCGAGUGACACAUCUUCUCAGCCAGGACACCCUGACUGUAAGAGCAGAGGAUCAGGUUUAUGAUGCUGCCGUGAGGUGGCUCAAAUACGAUGAGCCCAACCGCCAGCCGUUCAUGGUUGACAUCCUUGCUAAAGUCAGGUUUCCUCUCAUAUCGAAGAACUUCCUAAGUAAGACCGUACAAGCUGAACCACUAAUUCAAGAUAAUCCUGAAUGCCUUAAGAUGGUGAUAAGUGGAAUGAGGUACCAUCUACUGUCUCCUGAGGAUAGAGAAGAACUUGCAGGUGGCACACGGCCUAGAAGAAAGAAACACGAUUACCACAUAGCUCUGUUUGGAGGCUCCCAACCACAGUCCUGUAGAUAUUUUAACCCAAAGGAUUACAGUUGGACAGACAUUCGCUGCCCCUUUGAAAAACGAAGAGAUGCAGCAUGUGUGUUUUGGGACAAUGUAGUAUACAUUUUGGGAGGUUCUCAGCUUUUUCCCAUCAAGCGAAUGGAUUGCUACAAUGUUGUAAAGGAUAGCUGGUAUUCCAAACUGGGCCCUCCAACACCUCGAGACAGUCUUGCUGCCUGUGCUGCAGAAGGCAAAAUUUAUACAUCUGGAGGUUCAGAAGUAGGAAACUCAGCUCUCUAUUUGUUUGAGUGCUAUGAUACAAGAACUGAGAGUUGGCACACGAAGCCCAGCAUGCUGACCCAGCGCUGCAGCCAUGGGAUGGUGGAGGCCAAUGGCCUCAUCUAUGUCUGUGGAGGAAGCUUAGGAAACAAUGUUUCCGGGAGAGUGCUUAGUUCCUGUGAAGUGUAUGAUCCUGCCACAGAAACAUGGACUGAGCUGUGUUCAAUGAUUGAGCCCAGGAAGAAUCAUGGGCUGGUGUUUGUGAAGGACAAGAUAUUUGCUGUUGGUGGUCAGAAUGGUUUAGGUGGUCUGGACAACGUGGAGUAUUAUGAUAUCAAGUUAAAUGAAUGGAAGAUGGUGUCACCGAUGCCAUGGAGAGGCGUGACAGUGAAGUGUGCAGCAGUUGGCUCUAUCAUCUAUGUCCUGGCAGGUUUUCAGGGUGUAGGCAGAUUGGGGCACAUCCUGGAGUAUAACACUGAAACAGACAAGUGGAUUGCCAACUCCAAAGUCCGUGCUUUCCCAGUCACAAGUUGUCUAAUUUGUGUUGUUGAUACUUGUGGAGCAAACGAAGAGAAGCAAAAUACAUAACACUAUUAUAGUUACUCUAUCAGAGUGUACCAUCUCGGAUUGUAAGUCAUACUGCUACUACUUAGUUCUCGACCAAACAGAAACAAAAAGACCCAACUGCACAGCACUUACACAUUAUGAAAAUAGAAUCUAGAGACAAGAACAAGGAAUGGACUUUUGCUCAUCUGCAGUGGUUUAUCCCAAGAGUUGGGUUAUGAAGUUCUAAUCCGGUAUUUUGAUAAAGUAAGGUUCCAGUAAGAUAACAGUUUAUAUGAUCUGGACCUCCUUACUUAAUUCAAAGACCAUAUUUUAGUUGGCCAUAUAACCAAGAAACCUAUCAGCCGGAAAAUGUGAAAAGUUACAAGCACUUCUUGAAAACAUAAAUUGCAACUAUUUAACUGAUUGUGGUAGAGUGGGGCAUGCUCAUCAGAAAAGUAGCCUCAGCUUAGCUCUAGAUUCUAUUUUCAUAAUGUGUAAGUGCUAUGUAGUUAGGUCUUUUUGUUUCUGUUUGGUCAAGAACCAACUAGUAGUAUAAAUUACAAUUCUAGAUGGUAAACUCUGAUAGAGUAACUAUAAUAGUGUUAUGUAUUUUGCUUGUCUUCAUUUAUUUGAUUUAGUGCCAAAUUAUUCCAUUUUAAAGUAAGCAAGAGCGGCACAAAUACACACACUUUCUCACAAAAUUUCACAGAUUUUUGGGACUUAACUCUACCCAAUUACCCAUGAAAUAUAUUCAGUCCAAUUAAAUGAAAUAUUACACAUUUCUGCAUAAAAUAUUAAGCUUAGUAUCCAUCAUUCAUUUAUAUGGUUUUACUCGGCAGUAUAAAAAGUGCUCAGUGUCCUUAUUCUCUACUGCGAGACCCAAUCAGUAAGACCGGCUAACCAGGAGAAGAAACGCUAUUUGAAGAAAUGUCUAGAUUACUAGAAAAGCACUGAUAAUUGUAGCCCAGUAUCAUAUGGUUUUUAAAAAAUACGGUUUUCUUUUCUCCUAGCAGAACAUGUUAGAGAUAACUGAGUUUUCUCUAAAAGUUCUGUAAUAAGUGGCAUUAAAUGUAUCACAUUCAUUGCUUUUAUGUGGACAACAAAUUACCAAACGGCCUAUUAAUUUUUUCCAGUAACGUUUUACCCUUUGACUAUGAAUGAAAUGUGCCAUGUUAAACUGUCAAUCAAUGUUUUUAUCUGAUAUUAAAUAUUUUUAACUUAAA